AUGAGAGUGGUCGGCCACUCGACUCAGCCCUCGUGGGCAAGCCUCUUGACAAUUGGUCUAGCUGGACUAGGAUCUGUCAGGGCUGUUGAUUUGAACAUUGACGAUGCAGACUCUAUCAAGAAAGCAGCGAAAGAUAUUGCGACCAGCAUGAUGACCUACUAUACUGGUAUGAACCCUGGCGACAACCCAGGUAAUCUGCCAGAUCCAUACUACUGGUGGGAAGCGGGCGCAAUGUUCAAUGUCUUGAUUGACUACUGGUUCUACACCGGAGACGACACCUGGAACGAUAUUACCACGCAGGGCAUGCUCUGGCAAGCUGGCGAUAAUGCCGCUUUUAUGCCGAACAAUCAAUCGAAGACAGAAGGAAACGACGAUCAAGCCUUUUGGGGAUUUGCAGCAAUGUCAGCUGCUGAGCGAAACUUUCCAAACCCUCCAGACGGUAAACCUCAAUGGCUGGAGAUGGCUCAAGCUGUCUUUAAUACGCAGGCACCACGCUGGGACCCUUCGACUUGUGGAGGUGGACUGCGCUGGCAGAUCUUUACCUGGAACAACGGUUAUAACUACAAGAACACCAUCUCGACGGGUGGCUUUUUCCACCUCGCUGCACGCCUUGCGAGAUACACUGGCAAUCAAACGUAUUCUGACUGGGCAGAGAAGGCGUGGGACUGGGUAUCUGACGUCGGUUUCAUGACCAAAGACUAUCAUUUUUGGGACGGAGCUAGUGAUCUGAACGACUGCAAGGAUAUGAACGAGAUUGAGUGGACUUACAAUAACGGAGUGUUCUUGCUCGGUGCGGCGAACAUGUACAACGUGACCGAGGACCCCAAAUGGAAAGACCGAGUUCAGAAGAUCCUCGACUCAUCCGAGAUAUUCUUCGCCAAAACGCCCGAAAACGUCAUGUAUGAGCGUGCCUGCGAAACCGUCAAUACAUGCAUGGUCGACCAGCGCUCAUUCAAGGGUUACCUCGCACGAUGGAUGGCUGCCACCACUCAAAUAGCCCCCUUCACUUAUGACCAAAUCAUGCCCAAACUGAAGGCCUCUGCCCAGGCUGCUGCCAAGACCUGUACAGGGGGAGAGCAGGGGACUACCUGUGGUCUGAAAUGGACCGAUCAGCAGUGGGAUCAUACUAAGGAUUUCGGUCAGCAAAUGGCGGCUCUGGAAGUUGUUCAGGGCAAUCUAAUUACUCGCGUUGCUGCGCCUGUGACCGGCGAUAAUGGUGGUACCAGUAAGGGAAAUCCCAAUGCUGGUGGGACAGCCCCGGAGCCAAAGCCAAAGGCACUCUCCUAUACCAUUACCACUGCUGACAGGGCUGGUGCGGGCAUUCUGACUGCAAUGAUGAUGGUCACCAUUGGUGGAUCUUGCGGUUGGCUGAUUUGGGACUAG